GGUGAAGGGAACUACAACUUUUCCAGAGCCUAAGGAUCAUUCCAAGGGGGCACGCGGAGUCCCCGCGGCGCGUUGGCCAGCGAGGCCCAGUGCUGAUAGCCCGGCGGGGCCCGGCGCGUGGGAUGUGACGGGACGAGCGAGUCGCGGGGCAGGAGAAUAAUUCAAGAGCUUUGCAGACAGGGCAGGGGGAGGGGAGCGAGUGAGCGCGCUAGGGAUCAUCGCCCAAUUCCCCGCUCCGCUCCCUCGCAAGGGCCGCCGGCCGCGGCUCGCCAGAGGCCAGGUUUGAAUGCGAAAGGGAGGCCGAGGUCUCUGACGUUUGCCCUGCACGAGGCGCUCUACAGGGCCGGCUGCGGCUGCUGAAUGCAGCUCGGUGGGGGCUUGCGGCCGGGGACCCGGGUGCGAAUUGAGGCCAAGCCCUAACCGAGAGAUUAAAAAAAAAUCAGGUCCAUUUAAAGUUGCUGCCGGAGCGCGGCUCUCAUUGGUUAGGGGAGAGCUGGAGGAGCAGGGACACACACAGUGCGUGCAGCCUUCACUGCUGCUGCGCUGCUGCUAGAGAAGCUGCUGCUGGAGCUGGAGUUGUCUCUGCUGCUUUCCCUUGCUGCAGCAGCAGUACAAACGUGACUUCCAACAUUUUUAUUUAUCUUCUCCUUUCAAUCCUUUUCCUUUUGCAAGAUGUAACUACAGCUCAGACACUAAGGACGUACAGAUCGCUUAAGUGGCUUGGGAAAGAGAAAAGGGGAUAUCAAGGGCGUCGUUUUUUGUGUUGGGGAGAAAAUUUCCAUUAUGAAUGUUUCUCUAAAGUGAUUUUUUUUUUGUUUGCUUCGCAUUCGUUUUUUUCCCCCCAUUCCCCAUAUCUCGGAUUUAUUGCAAAGAAAAUCCCGUUGUGAGGCAAGAAAGUCGGAUUACAAGAUACUACUACAAACAAAAACUGGAUUUUUGAGGGGCAUUUUAGCAAAAAAUUGUUGCGGCUUUACUUCAUGAAGCAAUUGUCCCCUUUUGCAAACAGAAUUUGGAUACCAGAAUGAGUAAAGAAAGACCCAAGAGGAAUAUAAUUCAAAAGAAAUACGAUGACAGUGAUGGGAUUCCAUGGUCAGAGGAGAGGGUGGUACGAAAGGUCCUUUACUUAUCUCUAAAGGAGUUCAAAAAUGCACAGAAGAGGCAACAUGGUGACGGCAUUAAUGGGAGUCUCAAGACUGUGAAUGGACUUCUCACUAAUGGCCCAUCGAAGGGAUUAGGACCAGGAUCAGAACAGUCAGAGAACGAGAAGGACGAUGCAUCGCAAGUGUCCUCAACUAGCAAUGAUGUUAGUUCUUCAGAUUUUGAAGAAGGGCCAUCAAGGAAGAGGUUAGUGGCGUUCACAAUUGCCAACUUUCAUGCGAGAGAAGAAGGCAUUGAAGAAGGUGCCAACAACAUCAGCGCCAGCAACCUCAAUGCCAUGGGCUGCAUUGCUGACUACCUUGGCAUUCGUUAUCUUAGUAAUGACCGAACAGAUCCAGCAUUGCACCCCUAA